CUCUGUGCUUCAUUCCAGCGCACAAGCCGAGCGAAGCAGACGGUUUACGCAGCAGCCAAAGCCGAUAAAUUCGCUCAGGGAAUAAAUAUCUAUAAACCGCGGCUGUUUCUUCAUAGGAAUACCACUUGAGUCGUGGACGCACACGAGCGCGCACAUGUCUACAUGGGACUGUACGGCAGGAUUGUGACACCAGUGCGGCUCUCCCUGCUCUGACCACACAGAAACUCUUUGGAAGGCUGCUAUUUCCUCUUUUUUAUUAUUAUUACUGAGCAUCAACUAAAUCCUGAUGGAAAUACCCUCCGGAUGGUGACCACCACGGACUGGACUACCUGCGUACAGUUUAUUCGCUCCAUGCAGAGGGAAGGGACUGGGAGACUUGCGCCCGUUGCCUUUGCUCUGGUUUAAUAAGGCAUUCUGGAGAUCACUGAGAAAGGAGAAGGGCUGCCGUGUUCACAUACUUUAUACUGAGGGUGUUUUUUUGUUUCUUUAUUUCCCUCCGAACUCUCACCUUUCUGCGUGCUGUCGGUGAAUGGGGGGAACUCUGGUCCUGGAGGCUUGACACAGCUGGGACUGGGACGGGACGGGGUGCGUGGAUCGCCCGGGAUUCUAUUCACUCCUCUCUCGCGCGCGCGCUCUCUCUCUCCCGUGGGUCUAUUUACAUGUCCGACCUGACCACUUUAUGACAAUGGAUUACUUUCUGCUUUUAUGCAGCCUCUUGCUGCCUGUGGUGUCCGCCGUUGAAGAGACGUUGAUGGACACUAAGUGGGCCACGACAGAAUUAGCUUGGACUGCACACCCUGAGACCGGGUGGGAAGAGGUGAGUGGUUACGAUGACGCCAUGAACCCAAUCCGGACGUACCAAGUCUGCAAUGUACGAGAACUCAACCAGAAUAACUGGCUACGCAGUGACUUCAUCCCACGAAAAGAUGUACUGCGUGUAUAUGUGGAGAUGAAAUUCACAGUGCGUGACUGCAACAGCAUUCCCAACAUACCAGGUUCCUGCAAAGAGACCUUCAACCUCUUCUACUAUGAGUCGGACUCAGACUCGGCCACAGCCACCAGUCCUUUCUGGAUGGAGAACCCUUACGUGAAGGUGGACACCAUUGCCCCAGACGAGAGCUUCUCCAUGCUUGAGUCUGGACGGGUGAACACAAAAGUCCGAAGUUUUGGGCCGCUGUCGAAAGCUGGGUUCUACUUGGCCUUCCAGGACCUUGGUGCUUGCAUGUCACUCAUCUCAGUGAGAGUGUUUUACAAGAAGUGCUCCACCACAAUCGCCCAUUUUGCCGUUUUCCCAGAAACAGCAACUGGAGCCGAGGCAACAUCCUUGGUCAUUGCGCCGGGAACUUGUGUCCCCAAUGCUGUGGAGGUGUCUGUACCACUGAAGCUUUAUUGCAAUGGAGAUGGGGAAUGGAUGGUUCCUGUGGGAGCCUGUACCUGCUCGGCUGGUUUUGAACCGGCCAUGAAGGAUACACAAUGUCAAGCUUGCAGCCCUGGCACCUUCAAGUCCAAACAAGGGGAUGGCUUCUGCCUGCCGUGCCCAGCCAACAGCCGUGCCAGCGCUGGAGCAGCCAGUGUUUGUUCCUGUCGAAACGGUUAUUACCGCUCAGACACAGAUGUACCUGACUCCCCCUGCACAACUGUUCCAUCUGCCCCACGCAGUGUCAUCUCCAGCGUGAACGAAACCUCGCUCGUGCUGGAGUGGAGCGAGCCACGUGACCUGGGCGGCCGAGAUGACGUCUUCUACAACGUUAUCUGUAAGAAGUGUCUUCCAGAACGGGGAAUGUGCUCGCGGUGUGAUGACAACGUAGAUAUCUCACCACGCCACCUGGGCUUGACCCAGCGCCGCGUGGCAGUCCGUAACCUCCAAGCCCACACGCAGUACAGCUUCGAGAUCCAGGCGGUCAACGGUGUCUCCAACAAGAGCCCCUAUACACCUCAGUUUUCAGCAGUGAACAUCACCACAAAUCAGGCUGCUCCAUCUGCAGUGCCCACAGUUCACCUGAUGGCGGCCACAGCGAGCACCAUGAGCCUGUCCUGGCUGCCUCCAGAGAAACCCAACGGAAUCAUUCUGGAUUAUGAGAUUAAGUACCAUGAGAAGGUAAGCGGCAAUGAUCAGGGUGAGGCCAUUGCCCAUACCAUGACUGCUCAACGGAGCAACGCCCGCAUCGAAGGUCUCAAGGCUGGUACUCCUUAUGUGGUCCAGGUCCGAGCCAGAACGGUGGCUGGUUAUGGCCGAUACAGCAGCCCGGCCGACUUUAGCACCAACCUGCAAACCGACCCUCCGAAGUCAUUACAGGAGCAGCUCCCACUCAUCGUUGGAUCAGCCACCGCCACACUGGUCUUCAUCAUUGUUGUGGUGGUCAUUGCAAUCGUCUGCCUCAGAAAGCAGAGAAAUGGUUCAGAGUCAGAGUACACAGAGAAACUGCAGCAGUACAAAUCCCCAAUAGUGACGCCGGGAAUGAAGGUCUACAUUGACCCCUUCACCUAUGAGGAUCCCAACGAGGCAGUGCGCGAGUUUGCCAAGGAGAUUGAUGUGUCCUGCGUGAAGAUCGAGGAGGUCAUUGGCGCAGGUAACCCACCAAAGCUCCUGAGCUACAGGGGGAAGACUGCUAGUCACCUCCAGGCCAUUCCGUUAGAGGACUUCACACCAAGCGGAGAGUUUGGGGAGGUGUGCCGUGGUCGCCUGAAGCUGCCUGGCCGUCGGGAGAUCAUUGUAGCCAUCAAGACUCUCAAGGUGGGCUACACUGACCGCCAGAGGCGAGACUUCCUGUCCGAAGCUUCCAUCAUGGGCCAGUUUGACCACCCCAACAUCAUCCGUCUGGAAGGUGUGGUCACCAAGAGUCGACCUGUGAUGAUUGUGACCGAGUUCAUGGAGAAUGGGGCAUUGGACUCCUUUCUAAGGCUCAAUGACGGGCAGUUCACGGUGAUCCAGCUGGUUGGCAUGCUGCGCGGUAUCGCAGCAGGCAUGAAGUACCUGUCAGACAUGAACUACGUGCACAGAGACCUGGCUGCCCGUAAUAUCUUGGUUAACAGUAAUCUGGUGUGUAAGGUUUCUGACUUUGGCCUGUCCCGUUUCCUCGAGGAUGACCCUACAGAUCCUACCUACACCAGCUCACUGUAUUUCAUGCUCACCUACUCAUUCGCAUAUCCACAGGGAGGAAAGAUCCCCAUUCGCUGGACGGCUCCUGAGGCCAUCGCCUAUAGGAAGUUCACCUCGGCCAGUGACGUGUGGAGCUACGGCAUUGUCAUGUGGGAAGUAAUGUCAUAUGGCGAGCGACCAUACUGGGACAUGAGCAAUCAAGAUGUGAUAAACGCUGUGGAGCAGGACUAUCGACUGCCCCCACCCAUGGACUGCCCCACGGCCCUACACCAACUCAUGUUGGACUGCUGGGUGAAAGAAAGGAACCUGCGACCCAAAUUCACCCAGAUUGUGGCCACGCUGGAUAAGCUUAUUCGCAAUGCUGCCAGCCUCAAAGUGGUCACCAACAGCACACAGUCCACUGGGGUAUCCCAGCCCUUGCUUGACCGCUGUGUGCCAGACUAUACCACUUUCACCACUGUGGGGGACUGGCUGGAUGCCAUCAAGAUGAGCCGCUACCGUGACAACUUCGUCAACGCCGGAUUUGCUUCCUUUGACCUGGUGGCCCAGAUGACAGCAGAGGACUUGCUGCGAAUAGGGGUAACGUUGGCCGGCCAUCAGAAGAAGAUUCUUGGUAGCAUUCAGGACAUGAGACUACAGAUGAACCAAACACUUCCUGUCCAGGUGUGAGCGGCGGGAGACACAGACCGAUGCAGUCAAAGGACAGCUAGACAGGAAAAGAGGGGGAGAAACUGUGCCAGAGAGGGCCACUGGAAAACCCUAGCUGCCUGAUCCAUCUCUGCCAAUUAGACACUACGAAACUGGCUUGCAGUGCCUCUGAAUAUAUUUUUUUCUUUAUUUCAUUACCACUUACAUUUCCUGUUCCUGCUUUUUUUGUUGUUGUUGUUAUUCGUCAUUUUUUCUUUUUCCAUCCAAGCAGAAAUUGUGUGUUUUUGAAAGAGGAGAAAGAGUUACCCCCCUUAUAUCCCAUGCGUGCCUCACCAGCUCUGGAGUGGGUUGAUGUUUGCAUGCAUGUGUGUUUUUAGUGAGGUUGGAGUUAGUCAUGUAACUGAAUAGUCGAGCUCUGAUUCUCACACAAGAGCCCCUCCCCUUGACGCCUCGACCCGGCUCUGCUGGCUGUAAUGCAUAGUGAAGUGAAUAAGUCUUCACAACACAAGGCAAAAAAUAAAAAAAUAAAUAAAUGGAUAAAAACAGAUGUGAUUCAGACCACAGGAGAUAGAGGACAAUUCUUCCCCUGAUAGAAGUUGUUUUAUUGUGCACGUGUGUUGUUCUCCAUCUUCAUAUUGAAGGUGCGUUAUGUAAAAGGGCACUUGCUGGAGAAAGGGUGAGGUGGUGGAGGAGGAGAUAAGAUGGGCUGCGGUCAAAGGUCAAGAGGAUAAAGAGGUCAAGAAGGUCAAAGUCGGGCAGCCGCAUUUUUUUGGAUGCUUGUGUUGUGGCUGCUGGAUCUUCAACAGGUCACCUGACGACCUCUUCGCUCUGACCUGCGGUGACUCAGGAUAGUUCCACAGUUCGGGAACACCUGCUCAUCAGCUGUGUUUUUACACAUAAAAAUGUUCUUAUUUUUGUUUGUCCACACUACAUUUUUUUUUUUUUUUGCUUUCUUACACACCUUUUGUGGGAGAUUUGUAGUUUCAAAAUGGCCGGUCAAACUGAAGUACCCCCCCUCCCUCCUUCCCCUGCUGGACACUUGAUGUGAUUAUGGGGGAGACAAGGACUGUGGCAACAAUAUAGACAGACCCCUUGGCCUUUUGUGUGCAUUUUUUGUAUGCGUGUAUGCGUGCGCGUAUGUGUGAUGAAGCGUGCCUGGAUGUGCGGGUGUGUCAAGUUGCACACAAGUAUACUGUACAAUACAGCUUCCGCUAUUUGCCACCAUGGAGAAUUAACGCAUGAACUGAACUGUGAUAAGGAGCAAAUAUAUCUGAAACAAUUACUCUAUAUUCUGUGGACAACUGUUAAACAUUCUUUUUUAUUGAAUCCAAAAAAUGGACUUUGGACUUACACACACACACACACACACACACACACACACACACACACACACACACACACACACACACACACACACACACACACACACACAUACAUAUAUAUAUAUGGACAUACAUAUAUAUGUAUGUCAAUAUAUAUGUAUCAUGCAGAAACUGAGAGCAACCAUGAUGAACACUUUAAUUUCAACUUAAUAUUAUCUGGAUUUAGAAAUAAUCAAAAUCCUUGUUUUAAUUUUUUGACAUCCUGCCCUAUGUAUUUAUUUGUACCUCGCCCACCGACCCACACCCCCCACCACCGCCGCCACCAACACCAACACAGAUGGACUUUAGGUUGUUUGGGACAGUGGACUUGGAACAAUCAGAAGGAAGAGAAACUCCAAGAGGAUUUCACCUAUUGAAUUGAUGAUUAUUAAACUAAAAGAAAUUGCAUAUAAAUUGGAUAUUGUAUUUUUGUUGUUGUUCUAAACAGCCUGUACAUGUUUUGUAACAAAAAAUAAGAUAAAUAACAAAACAAAAAAAAAAAUGGUGUUUUGACAAAACGGGAGUGUCGUUGUGAAAUGUUUGAUUCAGAGUGAAAUUAUCAGAGAAGGACGAUGGGAGAGAAGAGGGAAAGUUGGAAGUAGAAUGGAAGAGAUGAACACCGCCCAUGGUUAGACCGUCGGUAAUGACGUGCCACCCUUUUUUUCUUUGCUCGCACACAUUGUUGUCUGAGUUUGCGUAGGCGUGCUAAAAUUUGUGUGCGCCACCUGAGCUGCAACUUCCCCGAUCCAUUCUCAUUCCCAACAUAAAGAGCAUUUGUGAAGCAUUGAACUGUUACUAAUCGUCUUCCGGGCACAUUAUUUCCGACUCCUGCAAACAACUCAAAUGUAGUUCAACCCACAUUAUGUAGGACUGUGAAGAGGUUAUUAGGGAGACGGUUCGGAGAUAAUGUCGUGUCAAACUAGUCGGCCCACCUGCCAAGCAUUCCGGUUUGCUUGCAGGUGGAGCUCCAUCACACGAGCUGCAGUUUGCCACCCCUGAAAAAGGAAUCUUUAUAUUAAUUUUGGAUGCCUGAUGACAUCAGCCGAUGAAAAUGACCCAUUUUGGCGAAUCAGGGUACGUGUUUUUAAAGGUUGAUUAAUGUCCAUUGUCAAAUAAAUAAACUGAAAGAUUGAAAGCUGUCUGAGGAGAAGCCUACUGGUCUGCUAGGUCGAUUAAUAUGAGCAUGCAGCAAGCGCAGACAUAAGGCAGGCUGACCUAUCAUUAUCUCUCUUCAUUUCCUGUCUGGCCUGCAAUCAUCCUGUCUCUGCUCGGGCUGCUGCGUGAUUAGUACAGUGCAGGAUCAACAGCCUUGGCAUGCAGACAGUCAAAAUCGGCAGCCAGCCCUCAUCUUAACCGAUAGCAGCUGCAUCACUGAGACCGUGCUAUUUGAGCGCGUGUUUGAAGGUGGUAGGAUUAAGGAACUGCGGCUGCAUCUCUGGUGUGAUUUUCUUGACAGUCUCCAUAUUGUUUGGGUUGGAGCUUAUCAAUGCAAUAUGUGAAUAUUAUUUCAGUGCGCAAUGAAAAGGUGAAGUUAGCUUCCAUGCAGUGCUUCUCACUAGUUUGUCAGCCUCUCUUAAGUUCCUCCAAAAGAGGAGGAUAUUAUGCAAAACAACAGUGUGUUUCCUAUUUUACAUUGUUUCUUCUUAUUCCACAUGCAGAUGUUUUCAUUACUGCUAGUACACUCUAUGAAGGGCUUACUAACCUGUAACAGUUGUAGUACACAAUCAAGUAGUGGUUUAACAGUUGUGUACAAUACAUUAAAUGAGUCUCACUUCCUUUCUUCCUAUCAUUUUCCUCAAAGUGAUCAGCUCAUAUUUAUCACAUGACCGCUCCGAAUCAGGAGUAUUGGCAACAACAUUUCAGUCUGCGCAAAUAAUUUGAUUCCCUCCAAAGCAAAACGGCAUUUUGAUUGGAAAAAGUGCCCCAUUUGGAAAUCACAGAGGAGCAGAAUUAAUGCAAUCAGGAUCUCACUUUUGCCUAAAGUUUCUUGAGAAUACGCUACGUUGCUGCCUCGUCCUCCUCUCGGCUCAAUCAUUCAAUCAGCUAAGCCCCUCUGUUGCAAACUCGCAUGUGGCACCAAACAAGACACAGUUGAUGAGCAUAAAAAUAGAGAAAAAAACGGAGGGGGAAGAAAGGGGCUAAAUACAAUCAGAUGGCAGACAUGCCCACUCAUGAGAAAUGGCAGUUUGGAGCUUGCAUCAACUACUGAUGAGGUGCACAUGGUGUUCUGGGGUCUGGAGUUGUUCACCAAAGUCAACUCGCCAUGAGUGAUGAGCUCAACUGGCAGCGUUGCACAUAUUUAAAAGAUUAAACCGCCACCACUUCAACUGCAAACAAUUAAUCUUUAAGUGGAUUUUUCACACAUUCAUGAGAGUGUUUCAUAUUUAACGUUCACAGAGGGGGAAAGAAACUUGCUCUCCUGUGUUUUUUGUUCAUCCAUCUGACUGCAUGUCGCUGAAAUUAAGAUGGAUUGCGUUUAUGUGAGCUUGUGUGUGUGAGAGAGAGCAUUAUAUACAAAAACAGUUUGAUCAGCAGUGUUUAGGCUUUGCCAGUUGUUAUAUAUUUGUGUGCCAAUAGGAUUCAGACUAUCCUAACAUUCCUUACACCUUUCUUUCCCCAUUUUACAUCCUCUGCUGAUCAUCGUGGAUUCAACCCAUCCUCAGUUCCGACUCUCUCUAGCUUUUCCUUUACUUCUGUUUGUCUGUUGGAAUAAAUGUAUACAGUACUGUCUCUUCUUCUGUCUUCUAACAAGUUCAGCACACAUUUUUUUCGGUCACUGCAAAAACCCGCUUCAUUAAAUGUAAGUGACAUGUUUUCCUGAGAGUACUGUACAUGUUUAGUGAAAUUUGGGGGGUGGGGAGGUGAUACGGGGAGAGGAAAAGAGAAAAUGUAAUUGUUAAUUCUUCUGGGUUUUUUUUUUUUUUGGGAAAAGCAUUGAGAUGUAUUUAAUGAUGCAGACAUACACAACAAAUUACUAAAAAAAAAAUGAUGCAUUCUUGUAGAAAUAUUUUUAAAAGACCCUUUUGCAAUUAAAUUAUUUAAGAAAUGUGA